GCCCAUCGCGCGGGGCUGAGGGCUGAGGCGCACGCGGCGCCAUGCCGACGGCUCGCGGGGCGAGAGCCUGCACCCCAGCGUUCGGUCCUCGAGCGGCCGCCACCGGGAGACCGCGGGAGUAGCCGCCGCCUUUGUUCCAGCAGCGUCCCCCUCCCGCCCGGCCUGGCCGGCCCGCCGUGGGUCCUGGCGCUCGUCGGCCCGCGCGGGGCGGAUGCGGCUGCGGCUGCGGUCCGGGCCUCGAGCGGGCGGAGGAGGCGCCGGCAGCCGCGAUGGGCAACUGCUGCUGGACGCAAUGCUUCGGAUGGCUCCGCCGGGACGCGGGGCGGCUGCCGCGGGGCGGAGGGUCCAAAUAUUUCAGAACAUGCUCAAGAGGGGAGCAUCUAACUAUAGAAUUUGAGAACCUAGUAGAAAGCGAUGAAGGGGAAAGCCCAGGAAGCAGUCACAGGCCUCUUACUGAGGAAGAAAUUAUUGACUUAAGAGAGAGGCAUUAUGAUUCUAUUGCUGAAAAACAGAAAGAGCUUGAUAUGAAAAUUCAAAAAGAGUUAGCCUUACAAGAGGAGAAGUUAAGACUAGAAGAAGCGGCUUCACACGCUGCCCAGCGUGAGGCAGCCAGGGCAGCCAUGCAGCGAAGGCGCCAGGAGCAGGGAAGGCCCAGCGCCGGGCACGGAUGCCGCCCCCCCGCCAGUGCCGAGUGUCCGAGUUCAGGACCAGAAGACGACUUUGAAUCUUGUUUGAGAAAUAUAAAGUCACAAUAUGAAGUUUUUCGAAGCAGUAGACUCUCGUCGGAUGCCACCGUGUUGACACCAAACACAGAAAGCAGCUGUGACUUAAUGACCAAAACGAAAUCGACUAGCGGGAACGAUGACAGCACGUCCUUAGAUCUAGAGUGGGAAGAUGAAGAAGGCAUGACUCGCGUGCACCCGGUGCGGGCGCGCUCCGAGACCGAGGAGGACAUCCUGCGGGCGGCGCUGCGCAGCCGCGGCCGGCAGCCCGGGAGCCAGGCCGCCUCGGCCUCCGACGACUCCAACGGCCUGGAGUGGGAGAGCGACUUCGUGGGCGCCGACGUGGACGACAACGGCAACUCCGCGUGCGCCGGCUUCGUGAACCCGGCCCUGGACCCGGCCGGAUCCGGCGCCAGGCCGCCCCGCGCGGACCAGCGGAGGCGGGACCAGGGCGAGACCGCGUGA